UUCUAUCUUGUUACCAAUUUUCCAUACUUUGAGAACUUUCAAUCUCGUUCGCUCACACUCUCGUUUCUGAAAAUUGAAAGCUUUCAUCCAUGUCACUGCUAUCACAAGUGAGAGGCUUCAUCUUUCUCUUUUACAAAUCUACCCGGCCCUCUUCCAUGAAGCCCUUCACCGCCUGCCUCUACAAUCCCUUUAGGAGGUAUGGCAAAGAUAACCGGCUGCGUGAUGAAAGGCACGUAAUGGAGGAGAGAGCGCCGUCGACAGCUGAAGAGUUCGAAAGGGUAGCGGAGGAGAAGCAGAAGCUUAAAGCGGCGGAGCAAGGAGUGGCAAGUCAGACGGGUGAUAGGUUUUAUGAUGUACCGGAAGAGGCCACCAUUGGUGAGUCUAAAGUUGAAGCUGUGAAGAAGAGAUUCGAAGAGCAUGAAGAAGGAGUUGAUUACCGCUGGACGGGCGAUGAAGAUUAAAGUUCUGAAAUCUCAAAGAUUGUAUGUAUAUAUACUUGCAGGGGUUUGUGAUUAUGUUCCUUAAUAAAUUCCAACAGUUGAAGAAGCCCCAUGAAGGUGCCAAAUUUAUGUUUGUUUGAA